UGCUCUCCGCUUGCAUCGUAAAAUUCGUAAAAACCUUUAUCGGUUCAAAUGGUUGUACUUAUUUGUGGCAAGUCAUUCGUCGGUAUAUUCUACUAAAGUACGCCACCUUAUUCAUGGGUAGAUUCUAUGCAAACCCUAUCCUAUACGUUACUUUAUCGGAUUAAAAAUUAAAAUGUUGGAUAAACACGCACACACUUACGCUGCCCAUAAAAGUUGUGUUAAAAAAACCAUGACUCUUUUCAACUGUGCAACCGUAAAUAAGAAGAACAAAAAGAUUCGAAAGUGUCAGAGGGUGACCAUAAGAAAAUCAACAAAGAUGUGCCACAAAAUCAUUAGAAAUCUUAGAAAGCAAUCCAUGGUUGAUGUUUUUCGACCCUCAUAUGCAUUGAAAGAGAUGCGCUAUUGUCUCAUGACACAUGAUUGGCUUUGCUUACAGAGGCUAUUUCCUUACUUAUUUUUUUUACAACAAACAUCAAACCCCUUAUUAUGGAGAUAUAUUCUUACCAUCAUUUUACACAGUCCUUUCAGCGAUUGGAGUCAUCUCGCAAAAUUUAUGGAUGAGUGCCUUGGCUGUCAAAAUGAAAAUCAUAUCAAUCUAAUACAAUUAUUAAUAGCUUUGACAAGAGAUUAAGUGAAAAAAACGCUGGGUCUAUUUGUACCAAAUCCACGUAAAUAUGUAAAUAUUACACAUUACAGAUAACACCUUGAGUGGUGUGUGGAUAGUAUCAUUAUUUACUUAGAUAUUAUAAGCCCUACAUCCAAGUUAACGUGGAUACAGCUAUGUUUAUAUCCACAUAUUUACGUGAAUUUGGUGCGAAUAGACACAGAUAACAAAAC